GCCGUUUGAAGAACGAUGUAUGUCACAGUUACUCUAGUGGUGGUUGCCGUCGCAAGUUGUAGUGCAGCGGCAAGCUCGACCAGGCCCGACCUUAAUCCGGCUCUGGGCGCCUAUCAAGACGAACGUCAAUGUUUUCCAUUCAAAUCCACUCUGCACCAGAUCUACCGUAAUUUCGAAAGCGACCCUUACCUGGGAGAAGAAGCGAAAUGCGUCCGAACAGGUUCCACUGGACCUCUGGUCGACUCGUCACUGAAUACGACCUUUGAAUACGGCUCUGACGGCGUACUAGACGUAACCAUUACCGUAAUGUCAUCGCCGGGAUACACAGCCGCAAACGUGCUCAACCUUCAGCCAACAAAUAACGAUCUUCCUGCGUUUAACUUCACUGUAGCCUAUAGGGACUGCAAGAACUGCAAAGUGUUCCGGCACAGCUACAUUGACAAUGGAGCUGGCUGUAGCUACUGGGUGACCGACGAGGCCCUUGGCGAGAAGACGACGUGCUGCGAGUUCGUGUACGAGCUCCUCUGCGGCACGGACCAGAAGUACACAAUAUACGACGAGAGCUGCAAAUGAGGCUUCUACGUCGCGGGAGAUGAAAAUUGUUCGUUUCCUCCGCUGUAGAGGAACGCAAACGCUUUGGUGCUGUUUUCGUUGCAGCAGUCGAUAUUAAACGAGUAAACAAU